UCGUCUUUGCGCAUGCGCGCACUGAUCCGUCUUCCGGUAGGCCGACCUCUCCUGGAGAGACGCCGAACAUAAUAAUGUUAAGUUCGCGGUAAUUCCCGCAUUUCUGGCGUUGUCUUUAUUUUGUUUAUAUCUUGACAAACUACACGUCAUCGAUUAUUCGCGUCGGAAUGAACUCGACGCGUCUCAGUCCAUUUUAAAGCGUCUCAAGCUAGGUUAGCUUGUUAGUUAGCUUAGCUGGCUAGCUGCUGACAAAGUGACGCGGAAGUUCUUAACAAACAUCGCUAAACAGAGAAGAUGUGUGAAGUGCAAAUGUUGAGAAUGUUGUGGAAUCAUAAUAAUAAAAUAUUUGUAGUGUUAGAAAACACGAUAGCAGAGUAGGUGGAAAUAUCUCCCAACAAAAUAGGAGCGACAACGACCAGGACUUUUCAAGUUGUGUUACACGGAACAGACGUCUGUGGAAAAACAUCUCCUCCCCGAGCAGCAGGAGCGAUCCUCUAGGAUGGAGCAGGAGCCACAGCCACCCCACGUUAAAAAGGAAGAGGAGGAGCUACAGCCCCUUCAAAUUAAAGCAGAAAGGGAGCCACAGUACGGGCCACAACUCUCUCACUUUAAAAAGGAAAAGGACGAGGAACUUACCGCAGAAUUUAAAAGGCAAGACGAGAAGCGCCAAAUUAAAGAAGAGGAGGGGUCACAGGCCCCUCAGAUCAAAGUAGAAGAGGAGAAACCAGAGCCCCUUAGCUUUAAAGAGAAAGUGUUAUCAAAGAAGAGAGUGAGCCACAGCCCCUGCACACUAAAGAGGAAGAGGAGGAGCCACAAAGGCGGAAGUGAGGAGAAGGGAGAGGCGGAGCCUCCGACCCCACACAUGACAACAGAAGCUGAUGGAGACCACCGGCUCUUAGCUCCACUAUCAGGUAGUGAAGACAUGGCCUCACACUCUGAUGAUGAAGACUGUAAAGAUAAAACAUGUUCUUACUGUCAGAAACCUUUCAAUAAGCCCAGUCACCUCAAAAUACACCUGAGGACGCACACCGGAGAGAAACCCUUUGUCUGCUCCAUUUGCAGUAAAGGCUUCUCCCAAAAAGCAAACUUGAUUACCCACAGCAAAAUACACACCGGUGAAAAACCCCACAUCUGCUCAGUCUGCGGUAAAGGCUUCGUCCAAAGCGGCGUUUUGAAAGCGCACAUGAAAAUACACACCGGAGACCAACCGUUCACGUGCUCGGUUUGUAGUAAAAGGUUCUCACAGAGAUCCGGUCUGGUCAAACACACCAGUGUUCACUCUGGGGAAAAAACCUUUAAAUGUUCGGUCUGCGGUAAAGGCUACGUCCAAAAGUGUGACUUUAAAAAACACGUGAAAACGCACACCGGAGACAAACCUUUCAAAUGUCUCGCCUGUGCUAAAGGUUUCGUGCAAAAAGGCGAUCUGAAACUGCACAUGAGGACGCACACGGGAGACAAACCCUUCGCCUGCUCCGUCUGCGCUAAAAGGUUCUCCCAGAAAGGAAAUUUGAUGGCGCACGCCCGAAUGCACACCGGGGAAAAACCGUUCACGUGUUCAGUGUGCGGCAAAGGUUUUGCGCAAAACUGCGAUUUGAAAGUGCACACGAGAAUACACACCGGUGAGAAAGUGCUGAGUUGCAGCGUGUGUGACCAAAGGUUCUCCAGUAAGUACCAGUUUAAGAAACACGGGUGUGCUGGUGGGAACAACAGCACUGGUCAGACGCGCCCUAAACACCUCCCUAGGGAGGCAUUCGGGUGGCAUCCUGACCAGAUGCCCGAACCACCUCAUCUGGCUCCUCUCCAUGUGGAGGAGCAGCGGCUUUACUCUGAGUUCCCCCCGGAUGACAGAGCUUCUCACCCUAUCUCUAAGGGAGAGACCCGGCACCCGGCGGAGGAAACUCAUUUGGGCCGCUUGUACCCGUGAUCUUGUCCUUUCGGUCAUAACCCAAAGCUCAUGACCAUAGGUGAGGAUGGGAACGUAGAUCGACCGGUAAAUUGAGAGCUUUGCCUUCCGGCUCAGCUCAUUCUUCACCACAACGGAUCGAUACAGCGUCUGCAUUACCGAUCCGCCUGUCGAUCUCACCAUCCACUCUUCCCUCACUCGUGAACAAGACCCCCAGGUACUUGAACUCCUCCACUUGGGGCAAGAUCUCCUCCCCAACCCUUUUUCCGGGCGAGAACCAUGGCCUCGGACUCGGAAGUGCUGAUUCUCAUCCCAGUCGCUUUCACACUCGGCUGCGAACCGAUCCAGCGAGAGCUGAAGAUCCUGGCCAGAUGAAGCCAUCAGGACUAGGGAUGUCCCGAUCCGAUAUUUGGAUCGGAUCGGCCGCCGAUAUUUGCCAAAAAAUUGCGUAUCGGCAAGGCAUGGGAAAAUGCCGAUCCAGAUCCAGUUUU